AGACGUCUCUGUUGUACGCUCUGCCUGCUGAAAUCCGACCUGCCGAACCCUCUCAUGCUUCUAGCUCACUCCAAUGUUUGGCGCACCGACCCUUUCACCCAUCUGCACCAAUAUCAUCCGUGCAUCUUUCACAAGUAUGAUACGAUAGAUAGCACGGGAAGGGAAGGUGAUUGAAAAUGGGAAAGAGGGUUACUGGAUGUUAUGGGAUUAGAAGUCGAAUCUCUUAAGGAGGCGAAUUCUUCUGCCAUGAGCACCCACAGUGCUCCGGAUUUCUCCCGUCAAUAUUUGCGCUCAAAGUUUCUCCUAUUUCAUGAUUGUGCUCUCUCCGGCGGCCGGUUUUGGGGACUAUUGCACCUUGUUGUCGAGCAUCAGAUUUUGUUUUCAAGACAGAUUCUCUUUCUGCUGAAGAGGAGGAUCCUGAUCGCACAGAGAAAUUCGGCCACCCGAAGCAUGUUGAAGUAGGAGGAGCAGUGCAUUGGAUGGCCGUCUGCAUCAAGGAGACGAGGGCACCGAAUUCACCUUCCGGCCGCUUGUACGGACAAGUGGUAUACUGCAGGCAUUGAUGGGACAAUGUUGACGGGGAGCAGCUGCGUGAUCAGGUGCCUCGGGACGAAAGGAGGUCGAGAAUUGUGACUUCUGUUCGAAUGCUGGAGCGCUCCACAGUUCAGUAGGAAGGAGGGCCUCCAAUCUAUCGACCAGAAACCACAGGAUCGUCCAUCAAUCGACGUCGACAUCAUCAUCGCAUUGACUCUUGACCUUUCUAGGGUGCUCCUCCUGGAAUGAAUCGAGGAGUGGCCAACUCCAAGGUUUUUGGGAGCCCCGCUGGCCGUAAAAGCGCUGGAGGAGCUGGUAGGAGCAGGGCAGCCUAAGAGAAGUAAAGUUUCCAGAGCUGGAUCGCCCGAUCAAAUGUACCAGUCGACCUGCGCUAGUGAAGAUCGUCCAUUGUUAAGCAGCUCGUGAGAGCACAUUGUUCAGUCUGCGGAGGAGGUAAGUGAUCGAGAGAUGGUGAGACACCAUGAGGUCUCGAUGAGUAGAACGAGGUGGAGCUUACAAGCAAGUUUAGCCUUUCUUGUCAUGUUUGUGACGCUGAGUGGUUUCUACGCGUCGGGAUUCCUGAGCUUCAAGCAUGACAAAGACUGGCACUUCGGAGAUCCCGGCAGCAGUUUGAAGACCUCAUCCGUCUCUCGGAAAGUGGCCAGUACGCAAUUGAAAGUAGGCAAGGCUAUGGAAGAAAUUCAAGUUAAGCUGGGCCAGAGUCCCGCCGAGAGCCUGGAGGAAGCUUUGUACCAGCUCAGAUCGGAGCACAAGAAGAGCAGCAUUCUUCUGCUGGAGGUGGCGGCCACUCUCGACAUUGUGCAAACUUACCUUCUCAUCAAGGAUCUCCAUCCAAGUUUCCAGGCGAUGGCCUCAAAUCUUCCAAAGCCCGACUCACUUAAUGGCACCACCUCUACCAACUCCACAAUAGAGCAGCAGGCUAUAAAAACAGCGGCGGAGCAGAAAUCGGACCCGGCUUCGGUGGUCAGAUCCGAGACCACCAAAGUAGACAUGGCCGACCCCAUGACAGGAGAGGACGAGGAGAAGGAGGAAGGAGAGUGGGCCGAGGAGGACGAAUUGCAGUCGGAGAAAGAUCCGCUGGUUGAGUAUUUUGAGAUCGAGGAGAUCAAGAAGUACAUCCGCUCCAAGUACAAUAGACUGGGAAGGAAGAACUUCAUGGGUGCCAAUGCAACCUAUGCUUCCAUAGGCCACGCAUGUGUGUCGAAGAAGUUCGAGCUCGAGCAGUACAUGGAGUAUGACGUGGGGGAGUAUUGCUCCGACGACUGGCCUCUGGGGCAGAAGCUGAUGGUACACGGAUGUGAUCCUCUCCCUCGGAGGAGGUGUUUCGUGCGGGGCCCCAAGAUAUACACCAAGCCCCUCCCUAUCAACGAAUCUCUGUGGAAGCUACCGGAUGAUAGAAAUGUCCGGUGGGAUAAUUACAUCUGCAAGAGUUUCGGAUGCUUGGCUGGACCCAACAGGAAGGGCUUUUUCAAGUGUGGAGAGUGCUUUGAUCUGCAAGGGCAUGAGAAACCCAAGUGGACAGAAGUGACCAACACAUCCACGGAUGCCGAUUUCAUGCUGGAAGAAGUGCUGCAGAUGAAACCAGGUGAGAUCCGAAUUGGCUUGGACUUUUCGGUGGGAGUUGGCACUUUUGCAGCACGAAUGAGGGAGCACAACAUAACCGUGGCAUCUGCAACGCUGAACCUCGGAGCUCCGUUCAACGAGCUGAUUGCUCUCAGAGGACUUCUGCCUCUGUAUCUGUCGCCCAACCAGAGGCUGCCCUUCUUCGACAACACUCUGGACAUCAUUCACACCACCCUGUUCCUGGACGGGUGGAUCGACCAUCAGCUACUGGACUUCAUCCUCUUUGACUGGGACCGCUGCCUCCGGCCUGGAGGACUUCUGUGGAUAGACCGGUUUUUCUCCAAGAAAGAGGACAUGGACGACUAUCUGUAUUAUUUCGAGCAGCUGCGUUACAAGCGGUGGAAGUGGGUCGUCACACCCAAAGUUGACAAGGAUGACGGAGAGCUGUGGUUUUCUGCUGUCUUGGAGAAGCCUCCCCGGCCCUUCUGAGCCGGAGCAUCCUGCAGACCCUUCUGCGUGCCAACACCUUCACCACUCACUCACUCCUUCACGUCUGCAAAAACGGGACGCGGUGAGAGAUCGAUGGCUUGGUGUCAAACAUCAACGUCUUCCAUUCUCCCACCGACCAUUGUAGACCCCGUUGUAGAGUAGCAAACUGAAGGGCUCGAGCAAAGCUGCUGUAGGUACUCGGUUGCUCCUUGGGUUCGCUUUCCGGCCUACUUGGCACUGUGAUUGCAGCCUCGCAAUUUACCAACCUCAGUCAUAGAUGUCAAAAGCUGCAGCUGAGAGCCGCAGCUUUUGAAAUCUAAGACUUGAUCAUGAACCCCCAUGAGGUGGAACAGAUUGAUCUCCAUCGAGCAGGACUACACUCGUUCCCACCUAGGUGCAAAUUGUUCGGAGUCAGUGGCCAAAGGAGGCAGUCCACCAAAAAGCUACUCAACCUCUACUGGGGAAACUAAACUAGCCCCGCUCCUCCAAACAAGGUGUGUGCCCCGCUUCGCCUGGACUUAACGGUGCUAGUGAGAUCCAAUUUGUAGUCCUUGUUCAAAAGUGUCCGCUCACUUCCUCAGAAGUUAUUUAAACAGGAUCCUCAAAGUUUCGAUGUCAUUGCACCCCGAAAUCGAAGGACCAAACGGUUCAAAGCAAAGCCGCCUGGAAUCAUAUAUUUACCAAGGCUUCUGUGGAAGCACGAUAGGCUCCUCACAGGUAGCUCGCAUAAUCAGAAGAUGCAUGAAUAGAUUGCACUUUUAUCCAACCUUCCAUUAUAAAGAGCAAUGUCAGUUUUCG